AUCGACUAUCGAUAGACAAAGCAUGUAAACAAACAGAGUUUGUAGAACAAAUUUUGUACCGGCUUCCUAAGCAUAAAAUGUCUUACCUACGAAAAGGCAAUAAAAACGCUAUUGAAACGGAUUCAGAGGACGAGGACUAUGCGAAGCUACGUUUGUUUGCGGAGGCUACUGAUCACACACUGCUCAGAAAUGAUAUGUAUAAGAAGGAACUAACUGUAGAAAGUUCAGGUGAAGCGCCGGCAGUUGCGGCUCCAAAAAAAACUUUGCCCAAAAGCGAGCGCUAUCUGGCAGAUGAAGAUGCAGCUCCCGUUAGUGAUCUGCAAAUCAGUAAGGAAAUGCAAACACAUCUGUGGGGCAAACUGAGUGCGAUUAUACAAAAUCAAGUCGAAUACUGUGAGAAGACUGAUCAGCCAGCCAGCGGAUCGGAGGAGGAGAAGGAGAAUGGUUGGUUCAGUCAGGUCAAACUGCUGUCCAACGCCGAUUGCUAUGUUGCUGAUGACAUAGAGCCGAAACCUGGUCCACAGAAGAGGCCCACCAUAAAGAGGCGCCUGCUGGACGUCGACGAAGAGCAAGCGAACACAGACGCCGCUCUUGCUGCCAUCGUCGUCGAUGGCGACUCAAUACUUAGCGGCCGGGAUAUGAAAAGCUGGGCGCCACGCAAGUCACGCAAAGAUAAAUUCCUUGAGUACAAAGCUACUGAUGCUCUGGGCCGCAAGCUGCAGGCGAUUGAGCCCACAAACGAGUUCACCAAACAGCGACGCAAGAACAACUGGAACGAGACAAAGAUUAGCCAAAGAUGCCGCAAUAAACAGAAAAAAUCUUAGCUCUAAUAAAAUUGUUAAUUACUGUUAAGUUUUUAUUAAGAAUACUAGAUAUCCCUCCUGCUGCAAUGCUCCAAUGAGCCAUGAUUGUGAUUCCUUAUUUCAUCAUAAAAUGGAACAAUUUAGAUAGAAUAAUAAAUCUAUAUUCACAAUUCAUUUACA